GUGGGACUUUCACGAUGGCGUGAACAGUGUUCGUAGUUUGUUAGCACUUGUUAAAAAGCUGGAAAAAAUUUGCAACUCGUAUAUAUAUAUAUAUAGUGUACAGAGGUGUUCUUCGACGAAUCGAACAUGUCGGGCAUGAGAGCACGGAGCAAUAUUCUACUCGGCUUCGACGGGGUAACUCGUGACAAUUCCGUGCCCGUUUCAGAUUCGAUUAGCAAGAAGCCGUGGCAUAAAUCUCGUUUGCUCAGCGUACUGUGCAUCGCCUGGCUCAUUCUGACGCUAUGCCUUGCUAUAAUGAUGGUCGUGUCCUUGGUACAACCGCAGUGGAUCGGUCGAAGUCGCGGCGGUGCGAAGGCAAGUUUUGGUUUGUAUAGAACUUGUUCGUGGACGCGUACCGGAAACUGCGAAGGAAGUUUUUCGGGCUUCGAUGAUAUUCCUUCGUCGGCUUGGAGAGCAGCGUCGCUUCUGGUUCUGCUCGCCGUCAUCGCUUGUUUCAUUGCCGUCGUCGUGUGGACUGUAUUCUGGUUACGGUUUAUGGAACGUGCUUACUUUGGGUUUCGCCUUUGCAGUGCACUUCUACUAGUCGCAGGAAUAUUCUUCCUUCUCGCGUGCUUCAUUUAUCCCCGUGGAUUCGACGCGAAAGAGUUCCGCGAUAUUUGCAGUGAAAAUGGAUCUGAGGCGGACUCGUACAAACUUGGUCAAUGCAAAAUAAUGUGGGUGUACUGGUUGGCCAUCAUUUGCACAAUCGAUGCCUUCAUUCUGUCUUGUUUUGCGUGGUUGAUGGUCGUGAAGGACGAUAAAAUAUUGCAGCCGAAGAGGAAACCAGGCGCGUACCAAAAUGGAGGGCAGCUUCUUGAACUAAAAACUAACACUCUUGGAAAAAGCACUUCGUCUAUUUGAUCAUCAUUGGAUAUCUUUAAAGUAUAAAAAUUCCUAGUUUAAUAAUAUACAUAUAAAUAUUCCCAGUACAUGUAAUAUAUAUACUUCGUUAAAGUGCCCUAAUUUUAGGGUGAACAAUCAGUUUCCACAUAUCAUCUCAAAUUGUAUAAGAGCCAUUAGACAUACUCGUUUUGAUUGGUGGGACUCACGCCUUACUGGUGUGAUGAUACGCGUGCACACGUAUAUAAGCCCAGAACGAAGUAGAAGAUUGAUAGAAUCGAAAAUUUAGUGUAUAUUUAUGUGUACAUGAUGAUUUAGCUAUACGAAAAUCGAGAAGGUAAAAAAAUUUCGGUUUGUGAUAUCAAACAUUCUGUUCGUUGUUAACGCUUGUUUCUCUGCAGUGUCCGAUUAUCAAUUAGCUAUUUCAGUGAUAAUUCUGAAUAGCUACUAACACCAACACAAAACACACCCUCAAAUAAAUGGCAGACUUAAUCCCAUAGGUUAGAACAUCAGGCGCGAGUUACGCCGGCAAUUCAUAUCCUAGCUGCGCGAUUUUGCUACUUUUUAAAUCUAUCUUUAUAGAAAGCACAGCAAUUUCCGCAUAGCUAUAUAGAGGGGAACAAUAAUCAAUAUAUGGUCAAAUCAAGACAUUAUAAACCAUUUGUAAAGUGUAUCAUUGGGAACCGAUAUGGCUUAAUACGUUUCAUAGUUGCAUUUAAGAUCCUGCUUUUUUCAGCAUAUUUUACUGUACAUGCAUGUUGAUCCCAUGCAGCUCAUCUUUCAUCAAGGAUUACCCCAAGGCAUUCAAAAGAACUUACCGCGGGAAUAGGUUUUCCCUUAAGCAAAUAUCUGUGUAUCAUCGGCAGUUAUCAUAAAGAAAGAGAUUGUCUUACAAAGGCUAUCGGGCAAAUUAUUUAUAUAAAGUAAGAGCAUCCGGCAGUGGCCCAAGGGUAGACCAUAGUUCCGCUAUAGGUCCGGUUAUAGGCCUUUGCCCCCUAUUCAUCAGGUAUGACUCAAACCAGUCCAAUUCAACGUUUGUAAGACUAAAAUGUGUUUUCAUUUUAUGUAAUAAUAUUUUUUGAUCCAUACAGCAUCAAAUGCUUUACGAAUUGUUAAGAGGACAACUCCUGUCAAUUUACCAUUAUCCGUGUUUUAGUUCAUUCAUUACGAAAUGUAUCAGAGCUGUUAAAGUAGAACUUUAUUACUCUUUAAUAAAGUUAGCUUAAUUGUUACUUU